AUGCCACCUCGUCUCCCCUCCCUCCGCCAUAUCAUAGCAGUCUUCAAUCGCAACACCCAACACCACCCACGCUACUUCUCUCUAUCGCGAACAUCGCAAGCCCCAGAAGACACCAAAGAAAGGAAUGUUCCCAUCUCCAGCGCCCUCUCAGGCAAACACGCCCUCAUAACCGGCGGCUCCCGCGGCAUCGGCCUCGCCAUCGCCCGCCUCUUCGCUACCCACUCCUGCCGCAUCACCAUCUUAUCCCGCAACCCCGACACUGGGUCUGAAGCACUCCGCUCGCUAGCCGUACCUACCUCGGUCAGCUCCACAGAAAGCUACCACACGAGUCUCGCUGGCGAUAUCGCAUCUGCCGGCCAGGAAGGCUUUCUGUGUGACGAGACGGACCAGGUUCUGGACUGGAAGGCCGAUGUAGCGAAGGUCGAUAUCCUAGUCAAUGCGGCAGGCGUGACACUGAUACGGCUACUGGUGCGGUCUAGUAUCGAGGAUGUGCAGAGAAUCGUGCAGACCAAUCUUACGGGGUCAAUGCUGAUGGUGCAGACUUUGCUAAAGAAGAAGCUGAUGCGGGGUGAGUCGAAAAGGCAGGGGAAGUUCAGUCCUGUGGUGAUCAAUCUCGCGAGUUUGUUGGCGGUGCAGGGAGGAAGAGGGUCGGUGGCGUAUAGUGCGAGUAAGGCGGGGGUUCUAGGCCUCACACGCGCACUCGCCGCAGAACUCGGACCCACAGGAAUCCGCGUAAACGCCAUAGUGCCCGGAUACAUCGAAACAGACAUGAUAUCAGGUAAGCAACUUAUGUAUUUCUAUCGUCAGUUCAGACUUGGGGGUAUUCCGUGCGCAACCAUCGCGCCACCAACCUGA